CACCGCCGGUUUUAGGUGUAAUCAACUGAACCCAUGACUACUCCUCCAUCAAGAGCCUCUCCGCUCUCCCAUGGGCUGGCCACCCUGGCACGACGGCUCCGUCACCACGAGCCACCGCCGCCACCUCCUUCCCGGCAAACGGAUUGGCAACAACACGAAACACCAGACAGCUCCGACAAGAGUGCCGGUCGAAGGUCAGGGACUGCGGUGGAAUCUCUCUGCCGCCGGCCCAACUCCGCGAGAGCCGCCGUUCUGAUCUGCCUGUUCGAAGGCGACGAUGGCAAUCUGCGUGUGCUCCUCACCAAACGCGCCUCCACUCUUGCCACCAGCCCAGGACACGUUUCAUUGCCCGGUGGGAAGCAGGACGAAGGCGAUGCCGACGACGUAGCGACGGCUUUGAGGGAGGCCAAGGAGGAGAUCGGAUUGGACCCAUCUCUUGUUGAAGUCGUCACUGUUCUUCAACCAUAUGCGACCAAGAUUGGUAUCACGGUGAUUCCUGUGGUAGGCAUUCUUUUUGACAAGAGUGCAUAUCGUCCAACCCCGAAUCCAUCUGAGGUGGAAGCGAUCUUCGAUGCCCCUUUAGAAAUGUUUCUUCAGGACAGGAACAGGAGAGCGGAGGAAGCGGAGUGGAUGGGAGUGAAGUAUCUGCUCCAACAUUUCGACUAUCAAACAGCGGAUAAAAAGUAUGAUAUAUUUGGUCUAACAGCUGUGAUAUUGAUAGGGAUCGCAUCCGUCGUUUACGAGCGGCCACCGGCAUUUGCAGAGCUCUCUUCCAAAUUAUGGCAUUCCUAGGAUGUUCUGUCUUGUUGCAUAAUCACUAACAAUCUCAAUGCAGCUCCUGCCUCAACAUUCUGAGAGUAGCUAUCUGUUUUAAUCCAAUGUAGAGAGAAAAACCUGAAUUUAAGCUGCCAAGUUGGUGACUGUCAAUAAGUCUCAUUCCUUGGAACAGUAGUGCUUGGUAGCAAAUUCGAAAUCAUGAUCAAUAUCUGUUAGCUA